AUGGCUGGCGGAAUCCAAGAAUGCCUGUGGCUGCUGAACAUCUAUCUUGCAGUCGCACGGGAGGCUAGUACACGAGUACGCUUUGCUUCUGGUUUGGACGCACUCCGUUUCGGCGUCGAGACUGGUGAGAUCAGCUUCCAGCAACUGCUGGUGCUUCCUCUUAAGGAGAGGAGAAAGAUCAUGGAGCAGGGCCCAACGAUAGACUGGUACCUUGGCGACACGCGCGUCUACAAGCGCACCACGCGAGCCCUUCUCUUUGCCUUCUGCCCAGAUAUCGGCAGGCAUAUCACGCCUUUGGACGGACGCUUUGUGAUUCGACUGCCGCAAGGCUUCAGCAACGUACUGGCGGUCAAACUAGCCGUCUUGUACAUGGAACAAUAUCUGCUGAGCUCGAGAAUUCGAAAUGCGCCAUGGAAGGUCGAAGGUGAUAUCGCCACAUACAUCUACCUGGCUGAGCUAUUCGCCUUCAUAGGUAUGCCAGAUGUCAGCCGCGAGCUCGAAAAAUCAAUAUUUUCUCGAUUCCAGGAGGUGCCCCUGCAGGUCGAGCAGAUUCGCGCUGUCUGGAAUCGUGAUAACCACGUUCAGCCAUCGAGGUAUGUGGAAGCUAUGGCUGACAACAUUGUCACAUUUAUGUGCGUACCAAAACUACACCUGUUCGCCAUCGAACACGAUAUCGAGCCGGAGCAAUCGUAUGAGCUUGUGGUCAGGAAGACGUUGAAGCGCAUGAAGGACGCGUAUCCAGAGAAAAAAGGGUAA